AUACUUUUAUCAGGUAAAAAAAAUCAAAAAAUAAAAAUAUUAUAUAACAUAUCAAAUAAUAAAAAAAAAAUAAAAUUAGGUUAUAUAUUUCCAUAUGAAAAAAUAAACUAUAAUAAUAAAAUAAUUAAGCAACAAUAUUUAAAAAUAGGUAUUAAUAAAUCAAAAUCUAUAUUAUUAUCUUAUAUAAAAGAUAUUAUUUAA